AUGAACCGGAAAAUGUUCUUAAUGGCCGCGAUGGACAGCAUGUAGCCGAAGCGUUGGACCCAUCAACAACAAGACUCGUGUUUUAAUUGAGCUAUUUUAAAGGUUUCGUACGAGUUCACAUUAUUUUUUAUAAGCUGACUGAUAAGCGCUUCUUCACCGGAGAUGGGAGUCCCGGCGUUUUUCCGUUGGCUCAGCCGAAAAUAUCCGUCUAUCAUUGUGCACUGUGUCGAGGAGAAGGGGAAAGAAUGUAACGGAGUCCGUAUACCCGUCGACACAACCAAACCGAACCCCAACGAGGUGGAGUUCGACAACCUGUACCUGGACAUGAACGGGAUCAUUCACCCUUGUACACAUCCAGAAGACAAACCAGCUCCCAAAAACGAAGACGAGAUGAUGGUCGCCAUUUUUGAAUACAUCGACCGUCUGUUUAACAUCGUGCGGCCCAGGAGGGUUCUCUACAUGGCCAUUGAUGGAGUGGCUCCUCGUGCCAAAAUGAACCAGCAGCGCUCUCGGCGGUUUCGAGCCUCCAAAGAAGGAGUGGAGUUGGCGGAGGAGAAGCAUCGCAUGAGAGAGGAGAUCAUCCAGAGAGGAGGUUAUCUUCCACCCGAGGAGAUUAAAGAGAGGUUUGACAGCAACUGUAUCACUCCAGGAACAGAGUUCAUGGACAACCUGGCACAUUGUCUUCGAUAUUACGUUGCAGACAGACUCAGCAAUGAUCCGGGAUGGAGGAACGUCACGGUGUUCUUGUCUGAUGCCAGUGUUCCAGGUGAAGGAGAACACAAGAUUAUGGACUUCAUCAGGAGACAGAGAGCUCAGCCCAACCACGACCCCAACACACACCACUGCCUGUGUGGAGCCGACGCUGACCUGAUCAUGCUGGGACUGGCCACCCACGAGCCGAACUUCACCAUCAUCAGAGAGGAAUUUAAACCCAACAAACCCCGACCGUGCGCGCUCUGCGGACAGAUGGGUCACGAAAUCAAAGACUGUCAGGGGACGGCCAGAGAGAAGCAGGGAGAGCACGAUGAAUUCGCCGACACGAUGCCGGUUUCUGAACAGGAGUUCAUAUUCAUCAGGCUCUGUGUGCUGCGGGAGUACCUGGCCAGAGAGCUGACGAUGGCCAGCCUCCCGUUUCCCUUUGACUUUGAGAGGAGCGUCGACGACUGGGUCUUCAUGUGCUUCUUUGUCGGAAAUGACUUCCUGCCACACCUGCCGUCCUUAGAAAUCAGAGAGGGAGCGAUAGAUCGACUGGUCAACAUCUACAAAGACGUUGUGCACAAAACCGGAGGUUACCUGACAGAGAACGGAUUCGUCGAGCUGGAGCGAGUAGAGAUGAUCAUGCAGGCGGUGGGCGUCGCCGAGGACAACAUCUUCAAAAAACGCAAAGAAGAUGAUGAAAGCUUCAAGAGAAGAAUGAAAGAGAAACGGAAGAGGAUGAAGGCGGAGCAGCAAGGCCCAGCCUACCUCACCACGGGCCAGUUCGCCCCUCAUGCCCUGGGGAGACGAGGCGGCCCCGAGCCCGUCCAGAACGCUCGGCACCAGGCCUUCGACAUGAGAAUGCAACACAACAAGGAUGCUGCUCAGUCCCUGAAGGCCACGAUGAGAAAUGGAGGCAAUUCGUCUGCAGGUCCCAGUGAAGGCACAGACAGCAGGGGGGUGAAGAGGAAAGCCGAGGACAGUGAUGACGAGCCGGAGCCUGAAGACAACGUCAGGUUGUGGGAGGACGGCUGGAAGCAGAGAUACUACAAGACCAAGUUUGACGUGGACGUGACAGAUGAGGAUUUCAGGCGGAAGGUGGUUCAGUCGUACGUGGAGGGUCUCUGCUGGGUGCUGCGCUACUAUUACCAGGGCUGUGCCUCCUGGAAGUGGUACUUCCCGUUUCACUACGCCCCGUUCGCCUCUGACUUCAAAGACAUCAAAGGCAUGUUCACAGAGUUUGAGAAGGGAACCCAACCGUUCAAGCCCCUGGAACAGCUGAUGGGAGUGUUUCCUGCUGCUAGCGGCAACUUCCUGCCCCAGACGUGGCGGAACCUCAUGAGCAGUCCGGAUUCUUCCAUCAUUGACUUCUACCCGGACGACUUUGCCAUUGAUCUGAACGGCAAGAAAUACGCCUGGCAAGGUGUGGCCUUGUUGCCGUUUGUGGACGAACGUCGGCUGAGGGCGGCUCUGGCUGACGUUUAUGCGGACCUCACACCUGAGGAAGUGAAAAGAAACAGCCUUGGAAGUGACGUCAUGUUUCUCGGGAAGUCUCACCCGCUGUCCGACUUCAUCCAUGAACUAUACCGUGCAGAAUCUCGCGAGGGCACUGAGAUCCCUGCAGAGCUCUGCCACGGAAUCCAAGGUACAUUAAAUCUUGAUGACGACCCUAUUCUACCAGAUAAGGCGGUGAAGUCGCCUAUUCCGAUGCUGCGUGACAUUUCACAGAACAGUGCGAUCGGAGUGCAGUUCAAGGAUCCUCAGUAUGCACAAGAUUUUGUGUUCAAGGCGGUCCUCCUCGCUGGAGCCAAGAUGCCCAAUAAAGUCCUGAAACCUGGGGACUGGGAGAGGGGGAACAGGGAACCAUGGAGACCUCAGCUAGGCUUCAACCCAAACAGACAGCAGGCUCACCUGGACCAGUCCGGCUUCAGGGCUCUGGGUCACAAUCUGAACAGGAACCAACGUGGUGGAGGUCAGUACAGCAACACCCCGCCGCCAGGCAACUACAGCCAAGGAAACUACCGUCCUUCACACAGCGGCGGCCACCAGCCCUUCCAACAUUCCAGGCAGAACAGUUUGCUGGGAGCGCCUCCUUCCUUCCACCAGCCCCAAUAUCCAAGGCAGCAACAGUACAGCAGAGGCGGGGGUCACGGCUGGGAUCGGGCCAUGCAGUCGCAGCAGUCGUCGUAUCAGCACAACAUGAGCCGCGGACGGGGAGGGGCGGGGCCAGGCAGCUACCAGCAGCGCUACGACCAGCGUAGAGACGACUGGCACGAGCGCAGGGACGACCGGGGACAACAACACCAGGGCUACAACUCGGGCAGAGGUUACCCUCCUCCUCCUCCCUCCAGAAGAUAUAACUGGAACUAAAACUCACUGUCUGUUGGACUUUACUAUUUCUAGAGGAAACGUCAUCUUUUUUUCAUUUUAUUGUCGUCUUGUACAAUGAAAACAAUUUUUUUUCUUUUUAUUCUACUUUAAAAAAAAAAGGCUUAUUAGGUAACCUGUGAUUUUUAAGAUGAUCGCCUGUAAAACUUGUAAAAUACAAGUGAGUGUUGAGCUCUAA